UAUGUCUCAAUCUGGAUUAAAUUGUGGGCGAUAGUCUCAGUCCUUCAGCAAAGUGUGAUUAAAAGACACUUCUAUGGGUCAAGACUGUUCUGGAGAACUGUGAUAUAAGCUAGGGGACAUAAGGGUGGAAGUGUUUUGGGAUCAGCUUGUUGGGAGCCUCCUGGUGUGAAAGACAGCGCUUCACUGGGCGGCCAAGCAGGGACGUCUGGAGGCUGUGGACAUGAUGCUGCGCUCUGGAGCCGACGUCAACGUCAGAUCGGGUUACACGGCUCUUCAUCUGGCCUCCAUCCAUGGACGAGAGGAUAUCGUUCAGACCCUCAUCAGCAAAUACAAUGCUAAAACCACUAUCAGAGAUUACCAUGGAAAGACAGCCGUCCAGUACUGGGGGGGCUGCCCAGACAUCUUUAACAAAGCAGAACCUCAAACAGGUGGGAGGUUUGGCUCCAGCCGCCGGACGCAACGCUUUGCUCUUCCAUCACUGCGUCUGUCUCGCUCUCGCAGUCAAGGACAGCUCCAGCUGGGGUUUGGGGCAGUGCACCAGUCGGCAUCUUAUGAAGCCUUGGACCUGCAUGUUUGACCUCCUGCUAGAGUUUUGGGAAUU